AUGACUCAAGUAAUCAACUACUAUGCAUUGAACGAAUUUCUCGAGCAUCAGUCCGACGACACGUCUUCAAUCUACCAGUGGUACGAACGACUAUCCGAAUAUGAACUUGAUGGCAACGAAUCACCGAGAGAACUUGAAACUCUAUUCGAAGCAAUGAAGUUUCUGAUGAGCUUCUCAUUCACCGCUGCUGAAGAGCUGAGAGAAGUGGCGGAACGAGAAGCAGUUCAGAUGGCCGAGAAGGAGGAGGCAUGGGAAGAGCAGAAAAUCGCACUCAAGGCAAGAUCACAACGGCUUCCUAUCAUUGUUUUUUACCUUUAA